AUGGCCACUUUGGGAGUGGAGGCCGCAAACGAUGGCUUCGUCGUCAUGCGGCCACAGCCGAACGGUGCGUCAGACGACCACAGUUCAUCUUACUCAAUCUCUCCGAGCACAUCGAAGCAGUUCCUUGUGAAGCCGAAGAAAAAGCGCUCCAAGAAAUCAGCUGAUAUGACGCCGGAUGCCAGCCUCGUAUCUCUCCUCCCACCGCUGACGCCGGCACCACACAAUCACAAAGCGUUCGCACAUCUGCCGCGAACGCCAGGCUCGAUCUUGCGUCGCAAGGCGCAUGCGAUCGAGGCGUCAGGCGGCGCGGGCUCUGCCACUUCGGUACGCUUUAGCAAGCGUCUUUAUGACGAUGGACAAGAGAGCAGCAUGAGCUUGCUGUCAGCCGAGGUCUCCGAAGCCUCCACGUCAAUGGUCAGACCGGAUGUCCGACGUGUUCCCUCGCUGGAGAGCGCGGAACAAAUCACUAGACUGUUCACCGUUGCCUCCUCGAAUGCGGCUUCCAUGGAAGCAGACCAGAGACACACCAACUCGCAUCUGGGGACAAGAUUGCAAGUCGGAGACGUUUCACUCCAUAGCUCGUCCAGCAGCAUAUCUGAGGCGGGAGUGGAUACUGAAGAAACACCGCAUCCGGGGCGCAUAGUCAAAAUGCGAGUCUCGCGGCCUUCCUUGCAGGAUGCCAAGUCACGAGCUCUGCGGCGAGGCAAGCACAGCCUAGACGGCAGCGACGCGCCACGGUCGGCUGCAUCAGGAGCUAACAGCACUCUCAGUAGCGAUGGAGCCGGAAGCAGCAGCAGCGGGAACAGCCUCAGUAACUCCGAUCAGAAGCAUGGCGACUCGAGUCCAGAGAAGCCAGCUGGGACGAGUGUAAAAGGGCCUCUUGAACACGCCUCCGCCAAUGACUCUGCCUGGGACAUGUCCGGGCAGCUCGCCGACCUGCCGUCUAUCGAGAGCAUGUCCAACAUCAUGGACCUGUCUGCAGAUGUCGUGGCACUCAGCAACUACAGUCGGCCUCGACGCUCGAACAUCGGCAGCGCAGAGCCACGCCCACCAUCAUCCAGCUCAGAGUCGCCUUCUGCAUCAGGACUAUCCCAACGGCCAUCUGAGCGCAUCCUUCCCAGCACCAACGAUAACCUCGACGUAGAUGAGAGCAACCCUAAUGACCUCCCCGUCAUUUCGAAUAACAGUCUAGCGGCUGUUGGGCAGGCCGAUGUGAAUGACCAGUCACUAAGCCUCAGCAUUAGCACACUGCAGCGUGAGGUCAAAGGAUUUCAGGUGGGCUGGCGGAUAGAAGAGGAGAAAGAGAAGAGGAGAAGGAUCAGUAUGAGUCUAUCGACUGCGGGUCAGACGCCUUUUGACUCAGAAGAGCGAGCGCUGAUGGACGCCGAUGGAAUUGUACCCGAUGGCAAAGUACAUGUUGGGGUGGAGGUAGAGGCAGCUGGCAGUGGCAGUGACAGUGACAGCAAUGAGGUACCUGCAGAGACUAAUACUUCGGUGCGCAGAGGUUCUCUGCAGGAGCUUUCACAGCUUCCCCUGUCCCUUCCGCUGCCGCCUUCGCCAACCACAAGCGAGUCGGAUGAAAGCAGCAGCUCCCUUCUUCCACCCCUUGAGACCUCCCCUACCAUUCGCGGCUACUCAGAACAGCCUCUAGCGCUACCUACUCAAAGUGCGAUAGACUCGACGGGCGAUUCGACGAACCUGAACUCGAGUCAGUUGAGCUCGCAAGCCCUUCAAUUACAAGGAGAACAGCAUAUGUUCCCGUGCGGGAGAAAGCUCACCAGACCUGUGUUUCAAAGACAGUCAACUCCGCUUGAUUCUCCUUCAUCUCCUGCAUUAUUCUCUUCGCCUUCUACGCGGCGUCUUGGUCGCAGGGAUGCUGCCAAACCCGACUUGCGCCGCCAGCUCGCGAUGAAGGUUCUAUCGACUCCCGCAACCGCGGAACGGUCGCUAUCGCUUUCUCGUAUGGGUUCAUGCUCACUAUUCGAUAUCAGCCGACGGUCACAUAGCAGUCUGAAUGCUUCCUCCGUCGGAUCGGCAUCCAUCAGCCACAAUUCGGCGUACUUUGAUGCGGACGACUCGGCCAACCUGAGCGCGGUUUUCGAAACGGCUCGAGAAUUAGAUGAGGUCCAUACCGAGCGGACAGCGCAUCUGAUCGAGCGUUUGCAGCAAGGGGACAGCGAGAUCCUCGAAUUAAGACAGACCCUGCAGCGCGUCUCUUCGUCCGAGGUCGAUACGCUCAAAGAGUAUGAGCGAAUGAAGCAGCGCGUAGACGCUGCAGAGCUGGCACUAUUGCGCGAGAAGGAGGAGGCGUUCGCAGCUGCAAGACUACAAGAUCAGCAACAUGCAGAAGUCAGCGCACUUAUUGAGCGGCUCAAACUCGAGAUCGACCAGCAGCAAUUGGAGCUCGAGGCAAAAAUGCAGGCACAAAACAAACAACAGGCUCUGUUACAAGUUAAGGUCCAGAAACUGCAAGAAGAGCUCAGUGCGGAGGUGCAACGGCGGGUACAGGAACAGCGGGACUUUGAAGUUCGACUGCUUGUCGCUCGGGCUGAAGAGCGAGAGAGCGCGGAGCAAAGCCUGCAAACUGAGAUCGAGCAGGCAAGUCGUCUCUCGAAAGAAAGUUGUGAGCGCGACUUUGCUAUCCGGCUCUCACGCGAAAUGGAGAACAUCCAGGCCGCGAAAGCCCAGCUGGAGGACAAGCUUGCCAUCACCGAGGAACAGCUGGUAGCCAUUCGGGACAACGAAGAUCUACUACGCAAGGACGUGGAAGCUUUGCGUGAGGGAAUUAACUCAGCCCUCAACGAGCGUCUCCGCGAGGCACAACAUGAGGUCGACCUUCUGAAAGCAAGCGUGGAAGCAGAGCGAUCGGCAGCUAGCGCGGCGGCAGCACAGGAGCAUCAAAGGCAAGAAGCCCUCUCAGAGCUGCAAUACGAGCUGCGUUCACUGCAUAACAAGUGCGACGAGCUGGAAGAUGCACUGCAAGAGGCUCGAGACCAGCAAAGCGAAGCGCAACGCGCAGCACAAGAACUACAGGCUGAUGUGCAGCAUGGCCAAUUGCGAGAGCAGAGGAUCCGGGAUGACGCAUCUGAAAAGGUCGCUCAUCUUCAGCGAUUGGUCGACAGCCUACGCAUACGCGAGGAUCAGGCGAAUGACGAAGGCCUCGGUGGAGGUGUGGCUUCAAGGCAGCCGUGCGAGACCUGCCAAGGGCGAGCGGCAUUGAUGGAGACUCAAGUUGCAACCCAGGAUAUGGUCAAAGCGAACACCCGCAUCAAGACGCUGGAGAUCGAGUUUGCGAAUCGCGGGAUCGAGUUGGCCAAACUUCGAAAGAAGCAGGAACAGUUAGAGCAGGAUAACAGAAAUUACGGUAUCGCUUUAUCUGCGAAGCAGAACGAGUUGAACAUGCUACGUCGGAAUGGCGGCAUUCGAUAUGCUAUGCCGCGUACCCCCCUCGACAGUGCCAUUCCAAACACUAUCCGCCGCUUAGGCCUUGAGCCCAUGUCGCCCAGCUUCCGCCCUGGCCCAAAGUUGCAGCACGCUUCAGAAGCGAGCUUUGCUCUAGAAGAAGGGCUUUCUAAGGGUCCAGCGCAGCUCAAAGCUCGCGGGCGUAAGUCCUUUGAGAACGAUAACAGUAGAGCCGAGUCUCUCGGCGCACUGUUUAAGGGCAAAGUGCCAAAAAUCGACGGAGAGAAGGAGAUCGCCGGACGCUCUCCACGGAAAGGAACGCGCAGAAUGCCAGUUGCAGUUGAAUGA